UUUUGAAGUUGUCAUAUCCAUCGAAUCAAAAAGGCGACAAGGUUAUUAUUGAGUGCCUACGAAGUGUGGUAAAUAAUUCUUAUAAAAUAUUUUCAUUACAUAUUUGGAAACUUACACAAUGAGUUCUGGAUUUAUAUCUGAAUCUGAGAUAUUGGAAGCGAGACGAAGACGCCAGGAAGAAUGGGACAAAGUGAGAACCGAAGAUCAACCUAAAGAGGCACCAGAAGAGGCGUAUGACACAAGGCCGCUGUACCAUCGCUUGGAAGAGCAAAGAAUGAAAAAGGAAGCUGAAUAUGAAGAAGCACAUAAACUGAAGAACAUGAUCAGAGGUCUAGAUGAUGAUGAAGUAGGUUUCCUGGACCUGGUGGAGAGAACCAAGGCGAAGGCAGCUCAGCAGAUAUCACUUGAAGAACAGAAGGAAAUGCAGGAGUUCAGGGAGAGAGUAUCAAAUCUAGCUGAGAGUGAGGAACUAAUCAGACUGCGUGCUCAGCUCGCUCCAACCCGCACUACUGCCUCCACACAGCCUGCUAAGAAUAAACUGCAAGGGGUUGUUGUAAGGAAAAGGAAAGCAAGUGAGAUGGAAGGAGACAAGACAGACAAAACAGAACCAGAGAAAACAUCAUCGCCACCUAAAAAUGGAAUUAUCAACAAUACUAUACAACAGAAUGGUAAAUCAGAGACAGCCACCACUGCGACGGCUACAGGUGCAGGUGACAUAGGAGCACUGCGGUGUGUGGCCAUCCUGCCCGGACUGGGACAUUACGACACGGACACCUCCAGUGAUACUGAUGACUCAAGUGAUUGUGACACUUGUGAGAACAGCGGAGUGAAAAGAGAUUUGCUGGGCAGGAGGCCGGAGAGCCAAGACAAGAAGGAUGAAUCUAAAAGUUAAGGAUUGUCGCGUUACAUGUUUACGAGGCGUUCACAUUACAACGGGAUAUUGUAAACUUACACUAGAUAUGUUAUAUAUUUGUAUAAGUUAAGUUAUAACUAGAUUUUAUUCCAUUUGAGGUGUAUUUUUUAAACAAUUAUUUAAUACUUGCAUUAAAACUUGUUUAUAUACAAAUAAUGUUGGACAAAUUGUUGAACAUCUCAUCUGCUGUCAGAUUAUCUUUUACAUAACAUAGAAAUGUAGAUUAUAUAUAAAAUAG